AUGCAAUUCGCCGUCAUCGCAUUCUUUCUCUUUCCUAUUUUCUAUACUGCGUUUGCUGCAAGUACUCCAGUAUGCACGAACGGAUUCACCUUAAUCAAUUCUAAAUGCCUAAAGCUGUAUACAACUCCGUCAAGUUACUCCGCAGCCGAAGAAUCUUGCCGGAGCGUUGGAGCUACAUUAGUGACUGUCAAAAAUGCAAAUGAUAAUCAAGCGAUCACCACUAUUGUGGGAUCCACUGUUUCUCUUGUAUGGAUGGGUUUGUAUUGUCUGGACAGUGAUCCUUCAAAAUGCUUAUGGGACGAUUCUACUGGAUCAGCAGGAAUAUACAGUAACUUUGCAAGUGGUUUCCCGCUUGUCGAUAUCGGAAAAUGUGUCUACUACUCUGUGCAAGGAGCAUUAGCAGGAAAAUGGGUUAGCGGAGAUUGUGACAACGAUCCAAGAGCAUACGUAUGUGAAUUGCCGUAUACCGUCGCAGAUAACUGUACUUACAAUUACAACGGAUUUUGUUAUUCCCUUCAUAGCUCGGCUGCAUUUGUUCAAGCACAAGAGACAUGUGAACAGGAAUGUGGAAAUCUUGUUUCAAUAACUUCUGAAAUGGAAAACCGUUAUAUUGCCACGAUAGAAAAUCCCUGGACAAAUUCAGAUUGGGUAUACAUAGGAGCAAUGUUUCCAAGGUCCAACGCGUUUGCUUGGAUUGAUGGAUCUGUUUGGAGUUACAAUAAUAUUGAUCCUUCCAUAUCUCCCAAUAGCGGUAAUUGUGCGGCCAUUGGGAAUUCAAAAGCAAGCUCCUAUGGUUUUUGGGUGGACACGUUUUGCAGUGAUGCUUGGCCUUUUAUUUGCAAACGUCCUGCUGGAGCUCAGUGUCCUCCAAAUCAACCAACUGUAACAGUUACUCCUGUUCCUAACCAGCCAUCUUACUGUAACUCUACACUUCUACUCGCGCCUGGAGUCAUCACAUCCCCCAAUUAUCCACAAAAUUAUGACAACAAUCUAUUCUGUUCAUACCAAUUGGCAACGCUAGGAUCCUACAAAAUUCUUCUCCAAUUUAGCGGAUUUAUCACUGAAUCAAGCGAUGAUAUCGUUAAAGUUUACGAUGGCGACUCUUCGUAUAAACCUCUUUUGGGAUCAUACAGUGGUAACUUGGGCUCAUUCAAUGUAGUUUCGACUGGCAACACGGUGUAUGUCACAUUCAAGACUGAUGGGAGUAAUGUUUUUCAAGGAUUUUCUGCCAGGUUUUUGGUGUAUUCCGGUUCAUAA